AUUUCAUUCAUGAAUAUGACUUCACUUCGUUCGGGAUGGUGGGCUCCUACCCUUUAAUGAUAGCAAUGCACCUAUGAACUAUGUCAUCAUUCCAGUUCGUACAGAUUUAAUUCCUUCAAUCUAAAUGGGGCAGCAAUUCAUUUCUCUCUACUUCGUUUACUUUUUAUGUGCAGUAGACAUGGAGCGAUGGUUUUGUCUAAAUCGAACAUCAUAUGAUGGUGGAUCAUUGAAAUGUCCAAAGUAAAAUAUAAACACAAUUCUAUCUAAAAUUUUGCAUCUACAGACUGUGCAAAACUUAUACCAUCUACCAGUCCAGGGCUGUUGAUCGUUUCUAUGUUCGAUGGAGUUCUGUUAGAUGCUCACUGAAUUUCUCUUCAAAAAGACUUAUACUCGUGGUGGAGUUCUGUUAGAUGCUUGAAAGGAGGAGGCAACAUGCUAUUUCAUUCCUAAAAAGCAUUGCUGAUCUUGAUGCUGCUGAUUUAAAGGGGUUUAAAGGGAGAGUUCAUCUUGUAAAGAGUUAAGUCUUAUGUGGUGUACCUGGGAGGACACUAUGACGAGGUCCUGAACCAGGAAUUGAUUGAGGAUUCUCACUAUACGCUUCUAGGAUCAGUGUUAGGAAGUAAGGUAGCAGCCAGGCAAUCAAUCUUCUACUCUUACACUAAAUGUGUCAAUGGGUUUGCUGCUAUUCUUGAUGAAGAAAAUGUUCAGGCUGUUUCAAAUCUCCCAGGCGUAUUAUCUGUAUUUCCUAACAGACGAAGAGAGUUGCACACAACUGAAUCUUGGAGGUUCAUGGGCUUAGAAAGAAGAAAUCAAGAUAAUCCUAUCAUUCCUAAGGAUUCGCUGUGGACUAAAGCUAAAUUUGGAAAAGAUGUCAUUGUAGCUAACUUGGAUACAGGUGUUUGGCCCGAAUCUGAGAGCUUCCAUGAUGAAGGGCUUGGCCCUAUCCCUUCCCGCUGGAAGGGUUUCUGUGAAAGUGGCACCAACUUCAGUGCAGCUAAUUGCAACAGGAAAUUAAUCGGUGCCAGAUACUUCCACAUAGGACACGAGCUUGAAAAUGGGCAGCUCUUCGAAAAUGGAGAUCUUCCUACACCACGAGACAUGGAUGGGCAUGGAACUCAUACUCUGUCCACAGCAGCUGGGAAUUUUGCGAAGAAUGCCAGCUUAUAUGGAUAUGCGGAAGGGAUUGCAAAGGGAGGAGCUCCUCAUGCCAGAGUUGUAGCCUACAAAGUUUGCUGGGCGAAAGGAUGCUAUGAUUCAGAUAUUCUUGCAGCAUUUGAUGCAGGCAUUAAUGAAGGAGUAGAUGUCUUCUCUCUUUCUCUUGGAUCAGAUCCACCUCUAAGUGAUUACUUUCAAGACAGUGUUGCCAUCGGAUCAUACCAUGCCGUUCGGUUAGGAAAGGUAGUGGUUUGUUCUGCAGGAAAUGCUGGCCCAGUUGCCGGUUCAGUUACGAAUGUGGCCCCGUGGAUUAUAACUGUUGGAGCAAGUACUAUUGACAGAAAAAUAGCUGCCCCUGUUUCUCUAGGAAACAAGAAAACUUAUAUGGGACAAAGCGGAUCCCAGUUCUCCUUACAAGAGAAGAAAUGGUAUCCCUUAGUAUCAUCAGUGGAUGUCAAAGCCUCAAGUGCAAAUGAAACUGCAGGACGACUUUGCUACUUGGGAGCUCUAGAUCCCAACAAGGUAAAAGGCAAGAUUGUUGUCUGCCUUCGUGGUAUCACUUCCAGAAUUGAGAAAGGGUUCGUAGUUCGUAUGGCAGGAGGAGUGGGCAUGAUUCUCUGCAAUGCACCCGAGAAUGGCAAUGAUCUUAACGCAGACCCUCAUUUUCUCCCUGCAACUUUGCUGAAUGCAAUUGAUGGAGCAGCAGUUUUUAAGUAUAUCAACAAAACCAAGUCUCCUGUUGCUUACAUUUAUCCUCCAAAAACGGUAUUGAAUGUAAAAUCAAAUCCAGUUAUGGCAGACUUCUCCUCUAUCGGCCCAAAUACUCUUACUCCAGACAUACUCAAGCCUGAUAUUACAGCUCCGGGGGUGAACAUCCUUGCAGCUUGGUCAGGAGCAGCAAGUCCUAGUGAAGAUCCUGCAGAUAAUAGACAUGUUCCCUUCAACAUAAUUUCAGGCACAUCUAUGUCAUGUCCCCAUGUUUCUGGCGUUGCAGCUUUGCUAAAAGCAGCAUAUCCUCAUUGGAGCCCUGCAGCCAUAAAGUCGGCAAUUAUGACUACAGCUUCCAGAGUGGACAACCGUAAGAAGGCAAUUAAGAAAUCAUCAAACGGAACAGCAGGUCCAUUUGACUAUGGUGCAGGUCAUCUUAAUCCAAAUAGGGCUGCAAAUCCUGGCCUAGUUUAUGAUGCAUCAGAACAGGACUAUAACUCAUUCUUGUGUAGUUUGGGCUACAAUACUACUCAACUAGAGAUUGUAACAGGAAGAGCAUUCUCUUGUCCACAACACAGAGAAGCUAUAUACAACUUCAAUUAUCCUUCCAUUUCUGUUUCGGAGCUGAAAGGACCUCUCUUCGUGAGAAGAACUGUGACAUAUGUAUCAAAGGGACCAGCAGUUUUUGAAGGAAUUGUACGCUCCUUCCGAGGUUUUGACGUGGCACUGAAGCCCAACAAACUUACAUUUUCAAAGAUGGGAGAGAAAAAAUCAUUCUAUGUGGUACUAAAACCAAAGGAGGGCCUAGGAGAAAGUUAUGCAUAUGGAUUUUGGACAUGGAAAUCUGGUCAUCAAAAGGUGACAAGCCCCAUUGUAGUGAAAGGAGCAAUUAAGUGAAGUUCUGAAAUAACACCAACCAUACUGGUGAUAGGUUAUGGAUGUGGUAAUUGAUUCAAUGAACUUCUGAACUAACACCAACCAUACUGGUAAUAGGUUAUGGGUGUGGUAAUUGAAUAAGUGAAGUUCUGAACUAACCCCAACCAUACUGGUAGUAGGCCAUACUGGUAGUAGGUUAUGAGUAUGGUGUUGAUUUGGAUGAAGUGCUGAUCUAACACAACCAUACUGAUAAUAGGUUAUGAGUAUGGUAAUUGACUAAGUGAAGUUCUGAACUAACACCAACCAUGUUGUUAACAAGUUAUGGGUAUGGUAAUUGAUUUUCCUCAUUAAUAAUAAGGCCACGUUGCAAUGAAAAGGCGGUUUCUUCUCCAAAUGAAGAACAGUGCACUGAAAUCAUUCUUCUUAUAUUUUUGAACUAAAUGUACGAGCCAAUAAGAUUGAUCAAACUCUUGCAAAGAGUU